AUGUUGGACAUAAAUAUAACAAGCAACAUAGUGGAUGCAAUUCCUCAUUUAUACCCACAAUCUUAUUACAUUCACACUCUGCCUCUAUCACCGGCGAGUUUAUCGCCGGAAAAUAAUAGAAAUGGACUUCAACAAUGUCCUAAUUAUGGAUCUCAACACGAUCUAUUAAGAAGAAGUUUACCGAAUCCGGGAAACUUGAUGCAAAGAAAUGGACCCCCAGCGGGUACUAGCACCACGUCUGAACAGACAAACGAGUCUGUCACAACGAGAAAGCGGUCACCUGCUGAAGGUAAAGCGAAAACAACUGGCAAAAGAACUCGUACAGCCUAUACAAGUGUACAAUUGAUGGAAUUGGAGAAGCAAUUUUCAAAAACUCCAUAUUUAUGCAGAUCUAGCAGAAUCCAGUUAGCAAAUACACUUUCGCUAACGGAGCGGCAAGUAAAAAUUUGGUUCCAAAAUAGACGGAUGAAAAUGAAAAAACAACAAUCUAAUUUGACCAACCCGACGUAUAUUGGAAGUAUUCCUAGAACAGAAAAUUAUAGAAACCAAAUAACACAAAAUUCAGAACAACAAAAUGUUAGUUCGAAUCCAAGUACAAAUUAUCAGAUUAAUCCACAAGAGAAUACGCAGGCAAUGUCAUCCUGCAUGUAUCAAGCCUAUUUGCCUAUGGCCCAAAUGUACGAGCCACCAACUCAGAACUUGGUGCAAUUUCAACCAAGUCAGUUGGAGCCAGUAAGCCAACGUAUUCAGCAGGUUGGAAAUCAAUGUUUACAACAACAAGUGGCAAAUGAAGCAGUUUGUCACAAUCAAGUGGCAAAUGAAGCAGCUUCAUUCACCGCACAAACAUCUGCGGUGCCAUCUGAGACCGCCACCUUCACUUCUUGCUUAUACGAAGGAAACAAUUCAGGAACGUGUAAUGAGUCGUAUUAUGCAACGACUACUUCUAACAUGGAGUUCAAUACAGAACAAAUGCUUGCUGAUUUUAAUGAUGAAUAUUUGAAAGUUUUGGAAGAAGCAGCUCAUAACUCAAAUGAGACAAAUGUUUCUUUAGAACUUUCUUUUCUUGAGAACUUAUAA